AUGCAACUACUAACAUCUAACUACUUUAGAGACCUUUAUGACGGCCAGUGUGAUGUUGAAAUCUUCAAGGAAGAUACUGGUGACUUCUCACUCAACCAGUACUUGCUCGAGGCAAAACUUGCAGACACAUACUUAGUGCCUAUGAGAAAUGCUGGUGUUUCUGAAGCAGAAGAAGAACCAGCGGAGCUUGAGCUGCCAGCUGAGGACUUCGUGGAAGUGAUAGUUGCCUAUGUUGACUUCAAUUCAUGCACUGUGCGGCUGGUGGGGAAAAAAUUCUCUGAUAGACUGGAGGAAUUUGAGGAUAACCUUGCCACGCUGUACAAAAGUGCAGCCAAAGACCCUCCACUUAAAGCUGGUUCUGUGUGCAUUGCCAGUGCAGACCUGCUUUACCAUCGUGUGAAGAUAACAGAGCUUGAAGGACAAAAAGCCAAUUGCUUUUUUGUGGACCAUGGUUACACAGAAUGGUUUUAUUUAGAUCAGCUGAGGCUCCUUGACCCUAAAAUCAACAAACAAGUACCUUAUCAGGCCAUUCCAUGUAUCUUGGCUGGCCUUGAGAACUUCAUGAAACUCCCUACAGCUAUGACAGAGCUGAUAGAGCGCUCACGCAACAAAAUAUGUGCAGCAGAGGUUAUCAGCAGUGGCCUUGAAGGCAAUGUGGAAACUGUUUUAUCUACUAUUGAAAACUUAUCUUUGAAUGUUGAGAGCUCAGGAGGUGCUGGUGAUGCAGGUGGCAAGGCAGAGUUGCCUGUGACAAAACUGCUGUAUACAUGGGGUUUACCUCAAGUCCCUGAGGCUGAUCCAUCCAAGAGUGAUAGUUCUACUAGUGCUGUCACACAAGAUUCUGUGAUAAAUAAAACUUCAUCAAAUAGCAGUGUGACCACCAUCUCUGUGCCUACAUAUUCUACUACAAAGAGCACUCUUACCACAAGUAAAUUAAAUGAAGAGCACCAGCAGUUGCCAAUGCCAGGACUUAUGCCAUUGCCAGACUGUGAGAAGUUCUUUUGUGUGUAUGUUCACAAGAUCUAUGACCCCUACAACUUUGUGGUCAUAUCUCACGAUGUAUAUCCCCAGCUUGAGGAAAUGAUGGCGUCCAUGAAUAUGAAGGCUACAAAUAUGGGGGAUUCAGGAGAUGCAUCACAGCAACAAAAGGCAUCAGUGGUAAAGAAUCCCCUCAUUGAUAACCUGUAUAUGGCAAGACUGGGAAAUGUUCUCUACCGUGCUAUCUUUGUAGACACUAUAGAGGGGCAGUAUUACCUGUAUUUCCCAGACUACUGUAUGUAUGAUGUUGUGAGCCCAGAUGCAUUGUUCGCAUUGCCCUCACUGUACUGGAGCCUGCCCUUUGCUGCUUGUAAGGCUCGCCUACAUGGUGUUAAGCCCAAGAAGGAGACGUGGUCAGAGGAAGCCCUGUUGAGGUUCACGCAGCUGGUCGAGGGUCACGUGCUGGUGGCCUUGCUCAAGGCUGUUGAACCUGUGAUGGAGGCGGACAGCAGCUCAGUCCACAAGACCAGAAGAAGAGUCGUCUCCAUCUCGCUUGUGGACACGAGUGACCCCGACGAGGACGUGGUCGUUUCUGACCAACUUAUUUCCUGUGAGCUGGCGGUGGCUGACAGUUAAAACAGGACCAAAAUGGCACACAUGUUGUUGCGAAGACAUUCAGCCCCGCAGUCCUCUCAACCAAAGCCCGGUCUAUCUACUGCUUCAUUUAUCAGCAUCAGAAAACAUCAUUAUGCAUGGAUGUGAAGAAGCUGUGUCGUAGGUUAUAUAUUUGAAACUGUCUCGGGUUUACAGAAUGUUGUCUGCAUCAUCUGAAAAGAUUGUAGCUCAGCCAUAAUAGUCGGUCCAGGAAUGAUCUGUGAAGAAAACAAACUCCUGCCGAUCGCGAGAAGGAGGCAGCGAGUGUGAAUACUGUGUGCUGCUGGAGUGCAUUAGACCAAGUGAAAAUAAAAAACGGGUAACUAGUGAGACUUUGAUUCUAACGCGAAAUCGUUGGGCUGCACAGAAUCUAACAUACAAAAUGAGUACCCGUCAGGAGGUUCCACCCGUCUCUUGUUGAACAAUGUAGCUUUAUGUAAAAUAAGCGCUUUGAACACAUUUUCUUUAGAACUUCCUCUGUUUAGGCUUCCUAGAACAAUUACGAACAGUAGGGUUGGCUAGAUUGCCUUGAAUUGGAGGAUCGCUUUUUAAAUUAUUGCUUUCAGUACCCAGUCAUGAUGAUAACAGCGAUGGCUUGCAUUCGCCCACCACCACCACCACUACUACCCCAUAGCAUAGGUCAAAACGUUUAACAGGUGAAAACACUGAGAGACAUAGGCACGCACUGUCAGAUAGGCCAUUUCACCAGACCAUAGACGUGUGAACCGUACUUUCAAUGGCAAUUGUGUAGUGAACAGUAUGUUUAGCUGGGACCGCUGUUGUGAAACGAGAGCAAGUCGCUACCCUGGAGUAACAUAAGGAACUCAAGGACAAGCGUCUAGUUUCAGAUAUUGUUUUAUCCCUUUAGUUGUACUUUUAAAGUGAUGUCGAGACCCCACAGAUGUUGUUUUACCUCCGGAACUGUAAACACAGAGCAGUGGCAAAGAAACAGUGUCAACGAGGUGUGAACAUCGCAUUGCAACUAUGAAAAUAAGACUCUUUGCCUUAUUUCCCAGACUUGUACGACGUGGCGUGUGGACUAAACGCUCUCUGCGUGAUUUUGUUCUUCAGCCAUAGACUGGCUACACUCAUCUCCUGAUUAGCCUCAGAAUAAUUCUCAAAUGAAUUUGCACAGGGGCGAGUCUUGCGAACACCAAAAUCACGUGCCAGUGAGCUGGUUUUGUCAAAUGCUAUAUAGCAUAGAGUACUGGUUAUCGGUUGGUCUCCGUAAAAAUCGCCACCUGUUGUUUAACUCGUCCAGCGAGUACUGAACUAAGUCAUUCCACCAACAGCAUAGGUAACAAACCGACAGCAUUCCUCACCACACACACUGAGGCUGUAAGCGGAAGCAGUGUUCAAGUCUUUAUUGUCACGUUUUGACACGAAAGGAACAGAUAGUGUAUUCUUGUCCCUGGCAUUAGCCUAAACAGACUAUAUUCCUGGAAUACUAUAACAUACUUUUUGUAUUCAGUCGAAAAGGUUUUUUACUGGACAGUUAUUUUUAAUCAUUUGCGUUUUAAAAAGGUUGAUAGCAACUAAGAAGCUGUUGGACGGGAGCUAUUCAAUUGUUGAUUAAUACGAGUUUAUCUCUUCUUUUUUUUUUUCUUUUUAGUAAGAUAACCAUAUAUAGGACAGCCGCCUCCUCAAAAAAAAAAAAAACAAAAAAAACUUGAGGGGACAAGAAUGUGAACCUUCACUGUCUAAAUGUAGUUCAGUCAACAGAACCAGAUGGAAAUGCUGCGUGCACAGAAUCUGUAGGCACUGAUGCCGGUGACCAUCUUAGGAUGCCGGUGUCCGUCCCGUGGCUGCCUACUGCCAUUGGCUCGGGCCAUCCCGCUUCUGCAAUGAGAACAGUUGUUACAUCAUAAACGUGCUACAUAUGGUGAUAGAAUCCGAGACAGCUUGUCUGUCUCACACUUACCAUUUCUUUGUUACGUUGGCUCAGCGCUGUUAACGGAUUUUGUUUUCCUCGGAUGUUUAUUAGAAGUGUUUGUGUGAAUGAGAAGGUGAUUUAGACGCCAUAUCGUGAGAUGAGGAAGCUGUUGGUAGAUCUGAUAAAACAGUUCACAAAGAAUAAACUAAAGGUCUUCGACAAAGCGUGGGCUUUUUCUUGUUUCUUUGAUUUUUAAUUACCACUGCACCAUAAGCCUCCAAUCUGGAUCGGCCACACUUUUUGUUUUUUGUGGUACAUGUCUGUCCUCACUACUCAGUUAAAAAGUGUGUACGCGCAUGGAGUGUCAGGCUUCGUGUUUUCUGACCUCAUCACUGACAUUUUGCUCAUUCAACUUCUUUCUCCCACCGGCCAUUCACGACAUAUGCAGUUCCUCGGUAACACAAGCAUUCAUUCAGAGAUAGCUUUUUUCCUUGGCCUUUUAUUCAGUAAUAAUUUUUUACUUUUAAUGAACGAGUUUGUGCAAAAUAGAGAAGAGCCCGAGGCUGUCAAGUUUAGAAUGUCAAGGUCUACUUUUGUGAAACAAAGAAUGUAAAUGUUCAAAAA